CUAAAACCUACAAUUAGAUCAACUAGGAUAUUGGCACAUGCGCAAAAUUGUUUUACCAAUUAAGGUCACGUGUCUUACCUGAGCGUCACCUGCGGCACUGAAUUGAAGUCAACGUGAUUAUGCAGGUCCCGAUGAAGACCAAGUUUUUCAUUUUUGGAGUUUGCCUAAUGGCAGUCCUCUGGAGGGACACGUUUGAUCCAGAGUCUGUUCGUUGUGCCAGGGUGCUGGUGACUGGGGCCAGCACGGGCAUCGGAGAGCAGGUGGCAUACCACUACGCCAAGAUGGGCGCCCAGAUCGUCAUCACGGCCAGGAGGGAGUACGCCUUACAGAAGGUGGCAGCGAACUGCACAAGCCUGGGGGCCCAGAAGGCGCUGUAUGUGACAGGGGACAUGUCCCAGGCCUCAGACCCAGAGAGAGUGGUGAAGAUGGCUGUCGAACUACUGGGAGGUCUUGACAUCCUGGUUCUAAAUCACAUCGGAUCCACCCCAUUCGCCAUGUGGAACGGAGAUGGGGAUCACGUCAGGGAACUGAUGCAGUUGAAUUUCCUCAGCUACGUGAACAUGGCUUCAGCAGCUUUGCCAGUACUGGAGCAGAGUGCAGGGUCUAUGAUCGUAGUGUCCUCUCUGUUGGGGAAGAUAACCACUCCGUUCGUGGGGCCCUACGCGGCCACCAAGUUUGCAGUGAACGGUUUCUUUGGUUCCAUGCAGCAUGAGCUAGCCAUGCAGCGCAGCAACGUGUCUCUGACCGUCACCACCCUGGGCCUGAUAGACACAGACUCAGCCAUGGACAAAAUCAGAGGGUACACCAACAUGACGGCCUACCCAGCCAGCGAUGCUGCCCUCCACCUCAUCAAGGCUGGGGCCACCCAUCAGAAGGAGUCAUUCUACCCUGGAUACAUCUACUUCGUCUGCCUGUGCAGAGACUGGUUCCCCUUCUUCAGAGACAUCAUCAUCCAGAACUCCUACACAUACUGAAGGAGCCACCAUACCCCUGGUUAAGGAAGCACCUAAGCCUACAGUAACAUGUGUGUCCUCAGGCCGAGAAUAGCAAA